CCUUUUAACAUGUACCAAUAAGAUAUUCAUGAUGGGUAUCAUUUAUUCGGAAUGUUUGUGUAUAACAAUUAGACCGAGGUGUGCCGAUUAGACAGGUAAACGUCAAAUCUACUUUCGGUUUGAACCAGGAUGGCUAAAAUGUCGGCAAGGGAGAAGGGUAGCAUUUCUAAUAUGAUAGCUGCUAUUGAUUUUGGUACCACCUACUCAGGGUAUGCCUUUGGUUUUAAAAAUGAAUUGGACGAAGAUCCGACACAAGUGUUCUGUUUCCAGUGGCAUGGUAAUGGGGGCAUCAUGUCUCUCAAACUCCCCACCACCGUUCUACUGAAUGAGGAGAAAGAGCUGGUCGCCUUUGGAUACGAGGCAGAAGAGAUGUAUUCAGGAGAUGAACAAUUAGAUUAUUUCUACUUCCAUAGAUUCAAAAUGAUGCUUUACGAUCAAAUUCGAAAAGAGAGACUUACGAUGGACGCAAAGGUGAAAGACAUCCGAGGCAGAGAGAUGCCGGCUUUGGAGAUAUUCACUCAUGCUGUAAAGUUCAUGAAAAAUCACUUAUUCAAUAAUCUGGAAGGGCGUGGUAUCAAAGUUGAUGACUUCAAAAUCAUCUGGGUGUUAACUGUUCCCGCUAUAUGGGAUGAUCCAGCCAAACAGUUCAUGAGAAAAGCCGCCGAAAAGGCAGGUAUUCCCAGGAAGGAUCUGCGGAUUGCAUUGGAACCAGAGGCAGCUUCCAUUUGGUGCAAGACAAUUCCAGUAGAGAAACUGAACCAAGGGGCUAUUGUAUCAUUUCAAGAAGGCACGAAAUAUCUUGUGCUGGACGCAGGGGGUGGAACGGUUGAUAUCACUAUACACGAGGUUAUAAAAGAAGGAAAGUUAAAGGAGUUAGCGAGAGCCAGCGGUGGAGACUGGGGAGGGAUAAGUGUAGACGCCGCAUUUGAGGAGGCACUGGUGGAGAUAGUAGGGAAGGAUUUGAUGGACACGUUCCGCAAACAACACACCGUGGACUAUUUAGAACUAUUUAGAAACUUUGAAUUGAAAAAAAGGUCGAAAAGGGAGAGUGACGAUGUUAUUGUAUAUGUACCUGUCAGUUUCGUUGAUAUUUGCGAAGAUUUAGACAAACUUAUUGCGAGAUCUAAAUUUCAAGAAAGCAUGGAGCUGGAGCUGGACAAAUUAAGAAUAAAAGCAUCAACAUUUGACAGCUUUUUCACACCAACUUGCCGGAAAGUGGUAAAACAUGUACAGAACCUUCUCCAGUCGUCUAAAGCAGAGGGCGUUGAAUUCAUUCUCAUGGUCGGGGGUUUCUCAGAGUCGCCUGUCUUGCAAGAUGCAAUCAAAGAUGCUUUUAGUCCAAAAUAUCGCGUUGUUAUCCCACAGGAGGCUGGAUUGACUGUUCUUCGAGGAGCAGUCCUCUUUGGAAAUGAUCCCGAAGUAAUUGAUUGUCGAAUUGCUCAAAGAACGUACGGGAUAGCAACCACAUCAUUGUUUGAUUCCAAAAUUCACAAAGCAUCGAAAAAGAUCUCAGUAAAUGGAGAAGACAGAUGUGAUGAUUUGUUCAGCAGGCACGUGAGGAAGGACGACGAACUCUAUCUGAAUGUAGCCCAGGCUGAGAAGACAUACACACCAAUAAAAGCCGACCAGACGAGUAUGAGGAUCUCCCUGUAUAAAUCGAACAAAGACGACACAAUGUACGUAGAUGACUCAGGGUGCGAGUAUCUGGGAGGAUUUGAUGUUCCAAUGAUGGACACCACCGGAGGUUUAAACCGAGAAGUUAAAGUGAGGCUGUUGUUCGGGGAUACAGAGAUUGAAGUCAAAUGUCUGGUUGUUAAAACGAAAACCGAGGUAUCCGACCACUUCCGUUUCCUAGAAUCUGAGCCUUGAGGCAGCAAACAGUUUCGUAAAAAGUACCUGGUCAAUGAUUUUGUAAAUUUUAAAACAGUUGUGUUAAUAUCUUGUAAGUAUAACUUGAACUCAUGAUUGUUUUUAAUUAUUAUUAGUUAAAAGGAUGCACCAUGUAAGUCCCUAAUGUUAGUUCAUAGGAAGAAAGUAAGACGCGAAGCUUUUUGCUAUAACUAUGACGUUGACUGUACAUAGUGAUAUUGCAAGUUACAGACGGGAAAUCAAAUAACACAAGAAGUAGGUGGAUAGUAGACUAUAGACCGGCAAUGUUCUUACAUGAAGAGCUGUAACAUGCACUUGGUACGGACUGUCCACUCUUCGCAAGGAGUUGCAUGGUUUUUUAUAAUGCUGAAAAAUUGUGAAAAACAGGCGAAAUAGGAAAGGGUCGAAUUCUCAGGAACACAUCUAUUCCAGUUUUUUUUUACAUAUUGUCUAGAGAUUUUUUCAGAAAUAAGUGAUUGGCUCUACUUGGUGUGAAUCAGAGAUAUUUUGCCAGUUUUAUGAGACACCCUGAAACAGGUUAGCAUAUUAACUUCCCGUGUUUUUCUUCUUAUAUUGCUUUUCCAUGCUUAUCUUUUGCAGUAAACAAUUUCUUCCAUAAAAAGUCAUACUCAUUUUUAGCUCACUGAGACGAAGUCGGGGGAGCUUAUGCUAUACCGUCGGCGUCAGGACUUAGUUGAAGUUUGUGGUGCAGGUCCUGUAUCUAAGUUAUUACUUGUCCUGUCUACUCCAAACUUGCAUAGAUGAUGCGUCUAUAUCUACACAUGGACCUGAAAGACUAAGGUGCAGAAUCUGGGGCAUAAUUUUCAAAUGUUUGAGGAGGUUAAGGUUUCUGAAUGAGGUUAAAGUUUUUGGAGCAGGUGCCCUUUGAUAGGAUUUCUAAGUUACUACUGGUCCUAACUUUACCAAACUUGCAUGGGUGCUGCGCCUUAUGAUACUUAUGCAUAUGACAUGCUUGAAUUGUGAAUUCGAGUCGCAGGUUUCAAAUGCUGGAUGAGGGUAAGGUUUUUGUAGCUGGUUAAAGUUUUUGGGGCAGGUGUCUUUUGAUGACUAUAUAUAUCUUUAUUAGUGCUGGUGCCAACUUCACCAAACUAGCACAGAUGGUGCGUCUUGUGAUACUUGUGCACUUGACAGACAUGAAUGCUGAAUUUAAGUCAUAGGUUUCUGGUGCUGAAUGAGGUAAGGUGUUUUGAGCUGGUUGAAAUUUUUGGAGCAGGUUCCCUCAUAUCAUUUAUCUUAGUUAUUACAGGUCCAAACUUCAGCAAACUUGCAUGAAUUGUUCGUCAUAUGAUACUUUUGAACUUGUCUGGCUUGAAUGCUGAAUCUGAGUCAUAUAUGUCGGAUGCUGGAUGAGGUUUAUGUUUGUGGAACUGGUUUAGAGCAGGUUUCCUUUGAUAGACAAAACUUAGUUAUUGUUGGUUCAACCUCUAUCAUAUUUGAAUAGAUGAUGCAUCUUGAGAUUCUGUUGCACUCUAGGGGCGUUUAUAUUGAAUCUGAGCCAUAGGUUUCAGAUGCUGGAAGAGGAUCAAUUUUUUUUUGGAACAAGUGACAUGUUUAAGGUAUAGGUAAAGAAACUAUUUCAAAGUUGCUUGCUUGAUUUAACUAUAUAAAUAAAUCGCAAAUGUAGCUUGAGAUACAGAGAGUGAUCUUGAUUAUCUAAAUAUUUUAGGUUUAAGAUUUUGGAACAACUCAAAUUGUGUAAGUCUCUUGAUGCUGGUAAAAUAAUGAAGUAAAUUCUGCUAAUUUCGACAGACAUAAAACAGUUAAUAUUUAAUUUACUGUGGAUGUGUGAAUAGAAAUAGUUUGAGAUACAGAGCUUGAUCUUGAUUAUAUUGAUGCUGGUAUAAGUUUUUAAAGUAGUUUGACUGUUGGAAAAAGCUGUCCUUACUCAUUUUCAUGAAUUAUUUAACUUUGGAUUAAACCUGUGGCUAGUUUAGAUACAGAGCCACUGGAACGACGAAAAGUGACCCCCGUAGAAUAUUUACCCGGGGGUCAAAUUUCUACGGAGAAAACUAACCAAGGGUCAGUUUUCUAUGAAAAGUAGGGUCAUUUUGCUAUAAUAGAAAACCAUUCCAGACCUGUUGAUCUACGACCCCCACACGUUGAAAACUGACCCCCAUAGAAUUUUGACCUCACUUAUAAACUACAUAGAAAUUAAUGGCGAUAUGCUUUGCAUUCAUGUUUGGUGAGUGUCCGGGAAGGGGGGGGGGGGGGGGGCAGCGAAAGCAUAUUAAAGAUUAGAAAGAACUAAGUAUAUAUGCGCCUCCCGUUCUACCCUCUUACAUAUAUAACAUCACUUUGAUCAAAGCGAUACAUGUCUGUGUUUAUCUUGAAGUACUUGUCAGCAUGCCUACUGGAGCCCCUUCGCAAAGCCCUUUUCGGGUUAUUAUGCUCGCUUUGCUAAAUAGGCCCCAUUAUUAUAGUAGAUGAUUUCAAAGAUACACCUAAUCUUAAUGACUACGUAUUGCAUAUUUUAAGAAGAAAAAACCCAGAAACAGAUGUGAAAUUUCGACAAAUAAAGCGGAUUUUUUAGUAUCUGUUCUAUUUAGCUAAACUUAAUGUCUGACAACCAAACAAAACACCGAUUUUUUAGUAUCUGUUCUAUUUAGCUAAACUUAAUGUCUGACAACCAAACAAAACACCGUCACACCAACACAUUUAUGUUACAGGUACACAUUAGACAACAACUUGAGUGAAAAUUCGGAAUUUUGGUUUGAUCACGAUUGCGCUAAUGUAAUCUGAGCGUGAUUUGUCGAGGCUGAAAGUUUUUGUCAGAAGAGACGUCCGUCAAAAAUUUUCAGUCUCGAGGAAUCUCUCUGAGAUUAGCGCUAACGUUACACUAAAUGUCUGAUAACUUUAACUACAUACUCUGCAUCGCCGCCAUUAUAUGCUCAAUAAGUUGUGCAAGUACAGGCACGAAGCAUUGUUUUUGAAAGGUAAUAAGACAGACUUAUCCGAAAUCAGGACAAGUGUAAAGAAGAAGAAAAGGAAUUUUUUUUUGCUAGGUUUCAAAGUCUGA